ACGAAAGUAGUUUUUCAAAUUCAUAUUGGCUUUGUUCUUUAUUUUGAUAUGUUAAUUAUAAAUUUAUCAGUGAAAUUAACGGCUUAAGUUGUCGAUAUUAAUAUUUAUAUACAUUUUCAAGAAAAAUUUGGCAACAAUAUCUUUUGGAUGCAAAUUUUAAGCGGUCUUAAAAAGUUAGCUUACCAUUAAAUAGUAACAGUUGUUUUCUUUUCAAGGAAUUUUUUGUUGGAGCACAAGAUGCAGUAAUUCUUAUUAACUCAAGGUCAGAAAGUACAAAAUAUGGAGCAUAGGCGAAAUUUCAUUCCCAAUAGUGUGGACGUAUUACGGUUUUAUGGUCGACUUGGAAUGGAAAUAAAUAAACCAACGAUUGACUUACCAAAUCACACACUUGUAAAUGGACACGCUCCAAAUAUGGCUAAUAAAACGCUUUUAGGGAAUUCUGCACAAAUUAAGCAGAAAAUAUCUCCAGAUACUUCAAUAUCACCUGAUAACACAAUGGUCCCUGAUACUAAUUCACGAAAUGUUCAUAUUCCAUACAUACUUAAUGGGGAGCUUUUUGAGAUACAGACUCAGGACGGUGAGAAUGUAACUGUGAAAUGUUGUAAUUGUCCACCAGAUCGCGUGUAUCGAGGCAGCGUGCGAUCUACUGGCAAUUUCCAUAUGCAUAUAAAGAGACGUCAUCCUGAUUUAAUGGGAAAGAUAUAUGAUAUGAAAGUGAAUGCUUUGGUAGAAAGGAGGGACCGAUUUCUGCGCAAUCGCAAAUCUACCCGUCGUCGUAAUACCAACGGGAGUGGAAACAGAGGAUCUUCCUCACGUAAUGAACAGCGAUUAACAUGUUCGGUGCAACCAUCUUCGGAAUUGUUUAAAAUUAAAGCGGCGUUUCAACGACAUCAACUCCAACAACAAGAACAAAAUCGCAUUCAACAAGAUCAAACUCAGCAAUCGACCGAAAAAAACCAGGGAAUCUUGCAAAAGUGGAAUGUCAUCGAUCACUUUCUGGUUACACCUGCUUUUGAGAGAACACGUGAUAUUAUGGAAGCCUUUAAUGAGCAACCACUCAAUUAUAGUCUCAAGCAAAAUACCGUUGCAAACAUGAACUGCAGCGAGAGUACUCAAGAUUUUGAAGCUAAUGAUGCCAAUACAUCUGACAAUUUGAAUACAACUAAUCUUUCAGAGACAAUAGACACAAUCGAGCAAAUAACGGAUUAUGAAGUUAUGUCAACGUACAACAAAGCAAGUGAUCACGCUACCGAGACGAAAAGGAAGAUUUGUGCUGUGUAUGGCAAUGAUGCUGUUAGUGAGCGAGUGGUACAAAUAUGGUUUUCAAAAUUUCGAAAGGGCGACACAAGUUGUGUUGAUGGACAACGUACUGGUCGUCCCGGAGUAGCUGAUAGUGAUAAAGUGAAAAUGUUAAUUGAAAGAAAUCCGCAUUUCACUACCAAGAAAAUUGCCGAAAUCAUUAGUCUAUCGGAAAAGACCGUUGCUGAUUAUUUACAGCGUCUGGGAUAUGUGGCUGAUGGUGAUGGUUGGCGCUUUGACGACUCUGCUCCAAAAAGUAAUGACAACAACAGCAACAAAUCACUUAUGGAUGGGGAGAUAAGUGUUGCAGAGGCGGAAGUUUUCGGUUACUGCAACGAAGAAUUUGCAUACGAACCGUCUCUCAAUUGUAAUGUUCAAAUCGCCCCAACGGAAGAAAACAGCCCCAUUCCCCGUCCACCAUCUGUUUCUUACGUGGACUUUACAUAUAUAGAGAAUGAUAACUACAACGAUAUGAAAAUUACAGGAAAGGAAAAUGAUGACAUUGGCAACACCGGUUCAACUACUUUGCCCUCAUUUUCAGAAUACUUUUCUAACGUUUAUACCAGUUACCUUCGAGGUGGUGACGGAUAUUGUGCAAUCGAAAAUAUAAAUAUCAACUCUGUGGAUACAUUUAGUGGUGGAUACCCGUUAAAAAGUUACGAGUAAAAUCAUCAUCUAGUCAGAAAACCAAAUAAAUGUUGCAAUCAAAGAAGACUUACUAUCUUGGAAAUCCUCCCAAGAUACUUAGGUCUCUAAUAACAAACAUAUAGUUCCUCUUUACUGCGAGUAUACACUAAUUUAUUGUAUUAUUAUAAGUAUAAGCACGUAUUUAAUGAAAUUUUCAAGAGCAUUUACAUACUCUUUGUAUUACAAUGUUAUUAUUUCAAUAUUUUAUUAUUUUUGAGGUGAGCGUCAUGUGAGAUGCCUCAGUUUAUAUAAACAAGAGUAAUCAUAAUGUAAGAGAAACUUGAUUCCUAUUUAAAUGGCCUAAAAUAAAUAUGUAUAUUUUAUGAGAUUUUAUUUGAAGUUUUAUUAAAACUUACUAAUAUUAUUAAAUUGA